CCAUUUUUUUCUAAAUUGUCUUAGCUUUUCGAGAUGGUGAUUUCUUACAUACUGUUUGUAUGUUUCAUUUCAAAAACUGUGUUUGGAGAAGAAUUACACGAACAUAAAAAUAUGCAGUCGAUUUUGAAUGAGUUGGAUUCGAUGAAAAAAAUGCUUCAACAUAAUAGUGAAAAGUUGAUAGAGAUUGAUUAUCUGAGGGAACGUACACUGGCAUUGGAAAAUGAGGUUGAGGGAUUAAAACAUGAAAAUCACAAUCUUAAUCAAAAGGUUAAAACGCUGGAAAGACUAUAUGCGGAUCGUUCUGUAGAGAAUGUUGAAAGGACCGAAAAAACUGACACGACGGCCAACAGGGCAAACAAUCACAGCUGUUCUUUCAAACAGAAAUUUGAAUCAAGGAAACGAACUUUUAAACCAAAUCGCCAGAGAAGUAUACUACAAAGACAGGUCUCAAUCCAAACCCAUGUAGCUUUUACAGCAGGAGUAUCGAUUCCAAAUCUACACAAUUUAGGUGUUCAUCAAACUAUCGUAUUUGAUUAUGUCAUCACAAACAUCGGCAAUGCAUACCAUCAACAUACUGGGAUUUUUAAUGUCCCGGUUAAAGGCGCUUAUGCUAUAACGCUAACCAUGACUAUUGAACCAGACAAAUUUCAAUGGCUUGAGUUAGUUGUUGACGGUAGUUCCACAUACGAUAUAGGUGCUGGCCAAGCGGACGCUAGGGACUACGCUUCUACAACACAUCAAUGGAUCCUAGAGCUGCAAACCGGAUCAGAAGUUUGGGUCAGGAAGAUUGGUAGUUCUGGCCAAUCUGACCUCCACGGAAAUAUGCAUACUAUUAUAUCUGGCCAUCUAUUGUUCCAGACGUAACAAUUUCCGAAAAGUAAAGUAUCAAAUUGUGAUUUUUCUGUAUG